AGCACAGAGAGGAUGUGGCGGGUAUAAAAGCCCCACCCAGGCCAGCCGGCUCCGCUCGGCAUCUGGGGACGCUCGCAGCUCUCGGCGCCCGGCCCAGUUUCUUUCAAAAUGUCUACUGUUCAUGAAAUCCUGUGCAAGCUCAGCUUGGAGGGUGAUCACUCUACACCCCCAAGCGCCUAUGGGUCGGUCAAAGCCUACACCAAUUUCGAUGCUGAGCGGGAUGCUCUGAACAUCGAGACGGCCAUCAAGACCAAAGGUGUGGAUGAGGUCACCAUCGUCAACAUUUUGACUAACCGUAGCAAUGCACAGAGGCAGGAUAUCGCCUUCGCCUACCAGAGAAGGACCAAAAAGGAACUUGCAUCAGCACUGAAAUCAGCCUUAUCUGGCCACCUGGAGACGGUGAUUUUGGGCCUAUUGAAGACACCUGCUCAGUAUGAUGCUUCCGAGCUGAAAGCAUCCAUGAAGGGGCUGGGAACUGACGAGGACUCCCUCAUCGAGAUCAUCUGCUCAAGGACCAACCAGGAGCUCCAGGAAAUCAACAGAGUCUACAAGGAAAUGUACAAGACCGAUCUGGAGAAGGACAUUGUUUCCGACACAUCUGGUGACUUCCGCAAGCUGAUGGUUGCCCUCGCAAAGGGUAGAAGAGCAGAGGAUGGCUCUGUCAUCGAUUAUGAACUGAUCGACCAAGAUGCCCGGGAUCUCUAUGAUGCUGGAGUGAAGAGGAAAGGAACCGAUGUUCCCAAGUGGAUCAGCAUCAUGACUGAGCGGAGUGUGUGCCACCUCCAGAAAGUAUUUGAUAGGUAUAAGAGCUACAGCCCUUAUGACAUGUUGGAGAGCAUCAAGAAGGAGGUCAAAGGAGACCUGGAAAAUGCUUUCCUGAACCUGGUUCAGUGCAUUCAGAACAAGCCCCUGUACUUUGCUGAUCGGCUGUACGACUCCAUGAAGGGCAAAGGGACUCGUGAUAAGGUCCUGAUUAGAAUCAUGGUAUCCCGCAGUGAAGUGGACAUGUUGAAAAUUAGGUCUGAAUUCAAGAGGAAGUAUGGCAAGUCCCUGUACUACUACAUCCAGCAAGACACCAAGGGCGACUACCAGAAGGCACUGCUGUACCUGUGUGGUGGAGAUGACUGAAGCGCAGCAGGGUGGGAACGCCCAGAAACGGCGCCCCCUGUGCUCCCACCUAACGUUUUAGAGGAUCAGCUUGCGACUAACAGACCCCUGUCUCCUCGUGUGAAGAUAAUGGUAGCCUUGGCCCCCACCUUCCUUUAGUUGCCUAAGCAUUGCCUGGCUUUCCCAUCCAUUCUCUCCUUUAAGCCAAAGAAAAGAACAUUCCAAGGAUUUGGAAGUGAAGUCUAUGAUGUGAAACACUUUGCCUCUUGUGUAUUAUGUCGUGAAUAAACCGAGUUUUUACUUUAGAAACAAA